AUGUUCAACGAGUCCGACGUCAGAGCAAAUCUAGCCGAGUCCGCUGUCUUCCUCGUCCGCUUUGCUCCUUCUCUCCUCACGCAACGCUCCCAACUCACAGCCAUCAUGACAACUAACGACAGUGCUACCUCUGCACCGCUUCGUCUGCCGGCCAUCCUCCAGAACCCGAAGAAUCAUGCCCUCCGUCAAGUAGAGGCUCAUAACCAGCAGCAGAGAGAGAAGGCGGCUGCCAGGAGGGAAGCCGCAAAGAACAGGGGUGAUGACGUUGCAGCGUCCUCAUCAACGCGGGGCAAGAGGGUCGUCCGUCGCAUGAACAACGCGGCUUUCGUCGACAACCCCUACGCCGUUGCGCCCAGGAGGUCGGACAUGUCGCCCAGCGUGCCUCUCCACCAGCGACCCCUGAAGCCGUCCUUUCCAUCAGACGCAAUCGAGCGUACCGCACAGAUCCCAUCGGUUCCAGGUACCAAGGAUCCCCUGGGUGCGAGCAGUGUCAGUGGGGCCUUUUCGACCUCUCUGAAGGGCACGCGAGCCCUUCUUCGGAAACGAGGUAGACGCGCAGAGACUAUUGUUCCUUCGAUCGAGAACGCCGUGCGGGGCUGGCUCGGCGGCGAAUACGACAUCGCCCCGGGAGACCUGGGGUGGAGGGUUAUCGAUAAGACCCCUGUGGAGGCUUCGGCACGUGCUGCCAAUGGACAUGCUGGGCCCAGCAACGGACGCCGCCUCCCGCCGCAGCAUCAGAUGAACGCUCUCCCGCCACUCCCUGUCGAGAAUGGCUCUGUGCCUGCUAUUCUCGAGGUGUCGCGGAGUGUGGCACACCUCUCGUGGGCAGUGCCUGACAGCUUCGACCGCCUCGUUGUUCACCUCGUUGCGCGAUACUACGAGCUGGUGUCAUGGAACCAGUCGACUAUCAACGGACAGACUGUGCGGUUAACGCACCUCGUCCGCCCGAAUCUCGUGAAGGCGCGCGCUCCUCCGCCGUCCCACGCUCUCCUGACCCCUGAGACGACCGACGUCAGUGGUCCUUCGGCCGGCGAGACAUCCGGCUCGGGAACUGAGGGCGAGGACAGUGACGCCGCGACCGAGAUGGGCCAACACUCGGACGUUGAGGAAGACGCCGACAAGACGUUCACCUCUCUAACAGAGCGCUUCGGCACGGAGUCGGACUCGGAGGACCAGCUGACAGAUCUGGGUCUGACGCACGACGCUCUCAUGGAGCGAUUCGGCAACAUGGAUCUGCACCGGACCGUCUCGCACGGCAGCUCGGCCUAUGCCUCGUCCGAAGGCGGGUUCUCUGAGUUCAGCGUGCCCGAGGCGCAUGGCAUCUCCACUGGCUGGAACGGUAGUACGGGUUCCGAGAGCGUUGCCUCGUCGCCGAUCGUGUCCAAUGUCCGCCUCCCGCCGACCCGCAAUGGCCCGCCGCAACGCCUCGGAGGAAACUCGGACUGGAGCGACCGCCCGACGUUCUUCGAGUACCUGUUCGGAGAGUGA